AUGACCAGCCUCCAACCCCCGAAAGAUCCCCUCCUCCGAGGUGUAUCUCCUACCCCCAGCAGGAUUCCGAUACGCUCUCAGAGACGCCCGCCUUUGCCCACAGAGAAACCGUGCGCCCUGGACCAGGAGAACCAGGAUCCAAGGAGAUUGGUGCAGAAGACACCGCCCAGUAUUCAACGCCCCUUCGUUGACUCAGCAGGCACCAGGACGAAAGGCUCACGUGAAACAAAGAAAUCACAAAGAUCGGUGGAGAUCACUCAGCUCCGGAACCCCUUGAAGGAGCUCAGGCCUAGCCCUGGGGGACAAAAUAUGGGAGCUGGACCCCCUCCCCAGACAGAGGCUCCAGGGGCUGUAGAGUUUGUGGCUGACCCUGCCGCCCUGGCCACCAUCCUGUCAGGUGAGGGGGUGAAGAGCUGUCGCUUGGGAUGCCGGCCCAGUCUGGCUCAGAGAGUACUGGUUCGAGGAAGCCAGGGAGGCACGAUCCGGAGGGGCCAGGAUGCUCGGGCCUCUGCAUAUUUGCCCCCCAGAAACCCCACCCACCGAAUGGACCCUGCCAGGGCUUCCUGCUUCUCGAGACUGGAGGGACCAGGACCCCGAGGCUGGACUUUGUGCCCCCAGAGGCUAGAGGCUCUGAUUCCAUCUUCAGGAUCUUCCUUUCACCCCUCCACUCGCCCCAGUUUCCAGGAGCUAAGAAGAGAGACAGGUGGCAACAGCCGGACUUCAGUGAGCCAGGUGUCAGGACUGCUCCUGGAGACCCCAGGCCAACCUGCUUCCUCUGUCCCUGAAGGAGAACGUGAAGUUGUCAUUCACUCAGAUGAAGGAGGAAGGGUCCCCCUUGGUCUGGCCCAGCGAGUACCAUUAAGAGAAACUCGAGAGAAAACACACACCAGGGACAGCCAUGGCUCCCACCUGAUGCCCUCCCCUGCUCCUCUGGCCCAGCCCAUGCCUGGCCAUAUGGUGCCACCUUCUGUCACCCAUCCAUCACCCUUUGGACAGGCUCGGCGUGUACCCUCCCCAGGCUCCUCAGCUCUGACCCCAUAUUCAGUGAUGCGGCGUCUUGCCAAUCGACCCAAAACCCGGUUCACACCCAUCCCAUCGACCCCCAGAGUUCAGCAGGCCCAAUGGUUGAGUGGCCUCUCCCCUCAGUCCUGCCCUGAAGAGCCUGCCCUACCCUGGGAGCAGAUUGCAGUCCGGUUGUUUGACCAGGAGAAUUGUCUAAGGUUGCAGGAGGGGCCUGAGAAACCCCCUGUGGCAACUCCUUCUGGACCCCAUCCUGACAGAACCCCCAAACUCCAGGGGCUGAGGAUGCAGCGCAUCAGUAUCCUGCAGCAGCUGUUGCAACAGGAGGUAGAGGGGCUGGCAGGGGGCCAGUGUGUCCCCCUUAAUGGAGGAUCCUCUCUGGAUAUGGUUGAACUUCAGCCCCUGCUGACUGAGAUUUCUAGAACUCUAAAUGCCCCAGAGCAUAAGUCUGGGACUUCCCACUCUCCCAGACUGUUACAGCACUCUGGGCUGCCAAAGCCCUGCCUUCCAGAAGAGUAUGGGGAACCACAGCCCUGUUCUCCGGCAGAGCCUGAGCCCCCAGAGUCAUGCUCUAGGAGUGAGCCUGAAAUACCAGAGCCCUCCCCCCAGGAACAGCCUGAGGUACCAGAGCCCUGCCCUCCAGCAGAGCCUGGGCGCCCAGAAUCCUGCUCUAGGAGUGAGCCUGAGAUACUAGAGCCCUUCUCCCAGGAACAGCCUGAGGUACCAGAGCCCUGCCCUCCAGCAGAGCCUGGGCCCCCAGAGUCCUGCUCUAGGAGUGAGCCUGAGAUCCCAGAGCUCUCCCGCCAGGAACAGUCUGAGGUACCAAAGCCCUGCUCUCUAGCAGAAACUAGGCCCCUUCAGCCCAGCCUCCAGGGACAGGCUAGACCCCCAGAGCCCUACCCUAGGGUAGAGCCAGAGGCAUCAGAGGCCUGUUCCAUGAAAGCUAGAAGUCCAGAGUCCAGCCCACAGCCCUGCUGCAGUCAGUGGGCUCCAGCGACCACCAGCCUGAUCUUCUCUUCCCAAAGCCCACUAUGUGCCAGCCCCCUUAUCCGCUCACUUCAGUCUCCAAGGCCUCCAACAGGCCAGGAAGGCCCUAGCAGUCUGGCCCCUCGAACUCUGGCCCUGAGGCAGCGCCUCAAAGCAUGUCUAACUGCCAUCCACUGCUUCCAUGAGGCUCGCCUGGAUGAUGAGUGUGCCUUCUACACCAGCCGAACCCCUCCCUCAGGCCCCACCCGGGUCUGCACCAACCCUGUGGCCACACUACUGGAAUGGCAGGAUGCCCUGUGUUUCAUUCCAGUUGGUUCUGCUGCCCCUCAGGGCUCUCCAUCAUGAGGGCACCCUCCUCCACCCACUCUGGCCCUGCCUUGCUCCUUCCUUUUAGCACUUAUUUAUUGCUG